UUCUUUACAUCACGUGUUCCUCAAUCCAACGCAUUUCAUUGGCUGCUUCCGAGGCGGGAGUUUCAGUCUACUGGACGUCUGUAAUAACAUUUCUUCGUUUUCCAUUUCAGCUCUCUUCUUUUACUAACCUAGACAACCUUAACCACUUGUCAAAUUGGUUGUUUUGUCGCACCGGAGUAUAUUUUGAACCCUUCGCCAGUCUAGAAGGGGUGUUAGUGAUCUAAAGACUUGGCAAUUGGAUUACCGCCUUAUUAGACAACAACUACUGUCAACUCUCAACCACGUUCGCUCGCAAACGUCAUCUUAAUCCGAGCUCGCUCUCGUUUCUUUCAACGGUCAACCUUAGGGAUAUCAUGAGCACUUAGAAACGCGUUAAACCCGGAAACGUUGUAGAAAUAGUUUUAUAUCUUCACCUGGACAUGGAUAACUACCGCCACCAGCGAUAUGAAGGCUCGAGUCAGGGGAGAGAGAAUAAAAUCCAUCGAAAGAAAGGAUUUGGAGUCGGAGUGUCGUCUCAGAGCAGUUCAAAUGGGGAUGACGGAGAGAAGAAACCUAAAUUUCACUUAAACAUCAGAACACUUACUGAUGACGUGCUGGACAGAUUUUCCAGUAUCCGGAUCCCUGGCAGUAAAAAGGAACGGCCGCCCCUCUCCCACAUGUCCAAACAUUCCUCUUCUGGCGACUGGUCCACUUCCUCUGAAUUUGAGGAGCUUUCUUCUAAGAUCACGUCGGAGAAAGAAAUCCUUGCCCUCUUUGAGAAGAUGAUGGAGGAUAUGAAUCUUAAUGAAGAGAAGAAAGCGCCUCUCAGAGAGAAGGACUUGAGCACAAAAAGAGAGAUGGUCCUUCAGUACAUCAUCACAGCUGCAAAAACCGGUAGUUUGAGGAGCAGCAGCCAGAUCUCUCCUCAGGAAUUUCUGAGUGAGCUAAAAGGAGGUGCCACCGAUGAGAGACUGUUUGCUUGUUUGGACUCCCUCAGAGUGUCGCUCACCAGCAACCCAGUCAGCUGGGUGCAGAGUUUCGGCCAUGAGGGUCUGGGCCUCCUUUUGGAUGCACUGGAGAAGCUCCUACACAAAAAACACCAAGAAAAAGUGGAUAAGAAAAGUCAACACAAAGUCAUUCAGUGCCUCAAGGCCUUUAUGAACAACAAGUAUGGACUGGAGCGGAUCCUUGGAGAGGAGAAGAGUCUGGCACUGUUGGCCCAAGCCAUUGACCCUGGUCAGCCGGCCAUGAUGACAGAUGUGGUCAAACUGCUUUCUGCAAUCUGCAUCGUGGGAGAAGAAAACACUUUGGAGAAGGUCCUUGAGGCCAUCACCACGGCAACUGAGGGAAGAGGGGUGGCCCGCUUUAACCCUAUCGUUCAAGGUCUUAGUGUUCGCUCGGUCCAGUUACAGGUGGCUUGCAUGCAGCUCAUCAAUGCCCUCGUAACGUCUCCUGAUGAGUUGGACUUCAGGCUGCACAUCCGAAAUGAAUUUAUGCGCUGCGGCCUGCGAGAGAUCCUGCCGAGCUUGAACACUGUGAAAAACGAUGCUCUGGAUAUCCAGCUGAAGGUCUUUGAGGAGCACAAGGAGGAGGACAUGAUUGAGUUCUCCCAUCGCCUGGAGGACAUCAGGAGUGAACUAGAUGAUAUUGGAGAUGUCUUUAAUGUGUUAUACUGCUCUGUGAAGGACACAAGCGCCGAGAGCCAUUUUCUUUCCAUAAUGCAGCACCUACUGCUGAUCAGGAACGACUAUUUCACACGGCCUCAGUAUUUUAAGAUCAUAGAGGAGUGUGUCUCUCAAAUCGUCCUCCAUCGUAGCGGCACAGAUCCCGACUUUGCCUACCGCAAGCGUCUGGAUGUGGACUUCAGCCAUCUGUUAGAGGUGUGUGUGGAUAAAGCCAGGGCUGAGGAGUUUGAACAGAGGGCCUCAGAGUUAGCUCAAAAGUUUGAUGAGGAGUUCCUGGGCAGACAGGAAGCUCAAGCCCAACUGUUGAAAAGAGAGGAGAAGAUCAAUGAGCUGGAAGCUGAACUUCAGGCCUAUAGAACCCAGUUUGGAGCCGUUCCAGUGGUGUUACCUUCAGUGCAGUCUGUCCCGGCCUUGUCUUCAACUGCCUCUUCCUCAUGUCCCCCUGCCCCACCUCCUCCUCCACCUGUUCCUGGAGUUCCAGGUCCUCCACCCCCUCCACCUCCACCGCCUCCACCAGGCUGUGCCUCCAUGCCCGGGAUGCCUCCGCCCCCCCCUCCUCCUUUGGGACUAGGCGGCCUGACGUCCUCCUCAAUCCAACACGUGUUGCCUUUCGGCCUAAAACCCAAGAAGGAAUUCAAGCCAGAGACUUCCAUGAAGCGCCUCAACUGGUCCAAGAUCUCACCCCAGGAGAUGUCCGAGAGCUGUUUUUGGAUCAUCGCCAAAGAAGAGCGUUACGAGAAUGAGGACCUGCUGACCAGGCUCGCCAUUACCUUCGGCACACAGAGAGCUGCUCGACGAGAAGACGAGGAACUGGAGAAGAAAUCCAUCAAAAAGAGAGUCAAAGAACUGAAAGUGCUGGACCCGAAGAUAGCACAGAACCUCUCUAUUUUCCUGGGGUCGUUUCGUAUGCCCUACGAGGAGAUCAGGAGAAUGAUUUUAGAGGUGGACGAGGAUCAGCUGACUGAGCCUAUGAUCCAGAAUCUUGUGAAGUACCUGCCUGAACAGGAGCAGCUGAAUGCACUGGUCAAGUACAAGAGCGAAUAUGCCAAUCUCUCUGAACCGGAGCAGUUUGGAGUAGUGAUGAGCAGCGUGAAGCGUCUGAGGCCCAGGCUCAACUCUAUCCUAUUUAAGCUGCAGUUUGAAGAACAAGUGAGUAACUUGCGUCCGGACAUCAUGGCGGUGAACGCAGCCUGCGACGAGGUCAGAAAGAGCAAAGCCUUCAGCAGGUUGCUGGAACUCAUUCUGCUCAUGGGGAACUUCAUGAACGCCGGCUCACGGAACGCCCAGUCCUUCGGUUUUAACCUCAGCUCGCUCUGCAAGCUGAAGGACACUAAAUCGGCUGAUCAGAAGUCCACUCUACUGAACUUCCUGGCAGAGGUCUGUGAGGAGAAAUACCCUGAAGUGCUGAAGUUUGUGGAGGAUCUACAGCAUGUGGACCAGGCCAGUCGAGUAUCAGCAGAAAACCUUGAGAAGUGCCUGAGACAGAUGGAGAAACACCUGCUGCAGUUGGAGAAGGAUCUGGACACUUUCAGCACCGCAGACAACCAGCAGGACCUGUUCCACAGCAAGAUGGCAAGUUUCUCUACGCAGGCGAGAGAUCACUACCAGAAGCUGGUGAUCAUGCACAGUAAUAUGGUGACCCUUUACCUCAACAUGCUGGAGUAUUUCGCCAUCGACCCCAAGAAGACCUCCGUGGAGGAACUCUUCACUGACCUCAGCAACUUCAGAGCCAUGUUCAUGCAAGCAGUGAAGGAGAACGCAAGGAGAAGAGAGGCGGAGGAGAAGCAGAGGAAAGCGAGGAUAGCCAAAGAGAAGGCGGAACGAGAGAAGCAGGAGCGGCAGAUGAAGAAAAAGAGACUGCUGGAGGUCAACACAGAGAACGAUGAGACCGGUGUGAUGGAUUGUCUGCUGGAGGCGCUGCAGUCUGGAGCCGCUUUCAGAGACCGCAGGAAAAGAGCACCCAGACCCCGAGAAGAACCAACACAAGUGCUCAGUCCGAGUCUACAAAGACCUAUUCUGAAAGACUGCAACCACGAAAACACGAAAGCACCUCUGCAAAGGUCACGGUCGCGGCAGAAUAUCAAUUUCAACUCGACACGAGCACCUACUGCCAAGGAGCCUCAUUACGAGAGCGAACCCCAUCCGUCUGCAACCCACAGGCCGACCCACCGGCCCGAGAGGGAGAAAGAAAAAGCCAGAGAGCGAGAGAAGGAAAAAGAGCAAACUCCACUUUGCUCAUCCAAUGGUGACACGGACGUGGAGGCCUUGCUCGCCCGCCUGCGUGCCCUGUGAUGACAUCACCGCCUCUCGGCUUUGACCUCUGUAGUCGCUGCGGUGACACGGACACAAAAAAGAAACACAAAGCUCGCAGUCACCUUUUGCUAAUAAAUGCCGUCGGCUUGCCCACAUACGCGCAUAGGAAAAGUCUUAACAAUUAACCUUUCCCAUCCGUCUCCUCUGCCCUUUUACCUCCAACAACAGACUUGUUGUCCACAGACGUGCGAGUCUUUGUGCUGGUUGGGUCUGGGAUGAAAACUCGUCGCUGUUUUUUAUUAAGCGGCUAAUUACUCAACGGUUAAGAGUGACCUUUGGGCCAAGCGCUUGUCUUUUUUAUGUCAUAAACGGACCAAUUAUUACUUUUCAAAAGGCACUCAUAUAUGCGUAUUCUCACAUAGGCGUUUGAUAACAGUUCAAAUUUGUAUCUGCAUUCAGACUCAUUUUACGCUUUCAUAUGACCAAAACAUUUUUUUAGCAUCUUAAAGAAGUCCACUUCCAGAACAAAAAUUUACAGAUAAUUUACUCACCCUCUUGUCAUCCAAGAUGUUCAUGUCUUUCUUUCUUCAGUCAAUAAGAAAUUGUUUCUUGAGGAAAACAUUUCAAGAUUUCUCUCCAUAUAGCGGACUUCAGUGGUGCCCGAAGUUUGAGCUUCCAAAAUCCAGUUUAAAUGCAGCUUCAAAUGGCUCUAAAUGAUCCCAGCCAAGGAAGAAGGGUCUUAUCUAGCUAAACGAUCGGUCAGUUUUGAAACAAAUUGACAGUUUAUAUACUUUUUAACCUCAAAUGUUCGUCAAUACAGUUAAGGGUAUGUCGAAAAACUCCUGUCUCGUUUUCUUCUUCAACGUCAGAAUCGUCCUACAUGUCCUAUUGUCCUACACUGUUUUACCAUUUUUUUGUAAAGGGCAUUUGAUCUUUUUUGCAUGAUCACUUGUAAACACUGGGUUGGUACUUCUGCAUCGAUGUAGAACGAUUUUGAAGAUGGGGAAGAAAAUGAGAUGGGAGUUUUUCAACAUAACUGUCUUGACCACAUUGAACCGGAAAAAAACAGUUCAUGCAGACUUAAGGUUGAGCGUUUAAGGUUGAAAAGUAUAUAAAUUGUCAAUUUGUUUCGAAAAUGACCGAUUUGCUAGAUAAGACCGUUCUUCCUCGGCUGAGAGCCGUUUGAAGCUGCAUUUUGGAGGUUCAAACUUGGGGGCACCAUUGAAGACCAUUAUAUGGAGAUGAUUCCUGAUAAUUCCUUAUCGAUUAAAGAAAGACACGAACAUCUUGGAUGGCAAGGGGGUGAGUAAACUGUAAAUGUUUGUUCUGGGAGUGAACUUCUCGUUUAAUGUUUGUUCUAAAUAUAAAUCACUUAUUUUUCAGUGUGAGUCUUCUUGAGCUUUGUUUGUAUUCGUUUAUGUAAUCAAAUUAAUCCUAAAAGUUUUAAUAUGCAUGGAAAUCUUUAUACUUUAAAACAAUUACUUGUGUACUGACUGUUUUCUAUUUUUGAGAUUAAAAAAAACAAAACAUGUAUUAGUUGGGUUUCGUCCACCUCUAGAGAGACGGUACUAUGCAAGAGCAGCGGUUCUGUAUUAGGAGAGCCGCUGACAGCAGAUCCCUGAGUGCCAGGAGUAUUUGUACUACUUAGCAAACCUCAGUGAUAUAAUGCACACUCCUUCUCUGCACAUUUGUUCUCGGAUUUGCUGCUUUUUUUUGUGUUAGACGUUCGAUUUCUUCGGUUUCCUUUUGUGUUUGUCUGUCUCGUCACGUGCACGUGUUUUCUCCUUGUAUAAUUGGCAAGUUUUCACAUUCCUCCUCAUGAUGUUUUCUGUUCUGCUAUUCCUGAUGUGAUUUUCCUCUUUACUGCUCUCAAUCAGGCGUGACAUCAGAAUGAGAUUACCUGUGAAAUCACAUCUCGUUUUCUCUCUCUGUCUCUCUUGUUCUCUCUGGACUUCCUCCCAUCACCUUUUUUAAAUUAUCGAAACAGCAUUCCUGUUAUUGGAUAGACAUUAUUGCGGUGACAUCCUUUGGUGAAAUGCUUCAAAUAAAAUAAGGAGAAGAAAAAUGAUGCCGAGAACUCAGUGUUUUGUUUGGCUUCGAAACAAACGAAUGUCGAUACUUUUCUUUUUCUUUUUUUA